ACAGUCAAACCGCUCCCUGACUGCGCAUUCCUUGUUGCCGCUCCACCACCCGCUCUCGGCUCUCGCCAUCGCCUCCCUUUUUAACCCCCUCCUCCCACCCAGCUAUAAGUCCCUCCCAUUCUCUCCCACUUCAAUCCUAGACGCCACCCAUCCCUACACACACGCCGCACGCGCCUCCCGCACAAGGAAAGAACGAAGAAGCCAUGGCGCCGAGGACGUCGGAGAAAACGAUGACACCGGCGGCGGCGGCCACGGGUCUCGCGCUCGGCGGCGGCGGCGGAGCCGGCGGCCCGCACUACAGGGGCGUCAGGAAGCGCCCGUGGGGCCGGUACGCGGCGGAGAUCCGCGACCCGGCAAAGAAGAGCCGCGUGUGGCUCGGCACGUUCGACACGGCCGAGGAGGCCGCGCGGGCCUACGACGCCGCCGCGCGCGAGUACCGCGGCGCCAAGGCGAAGACCAACUUCCCCUUCCCGUCGUCGUCGUCCAUGCCCCCGGUCGCCACCGUGGCGGCGGCCGCCACCGGCGGCAGCCGGAGCGGCGACAGCAGCACCGUCGAGUCCUUCGGCGGCGACGUGCAGGCGCCCAUGCAGGCCAUGCCGCUCCCGCCGUCGCUCGAGCUGGACCUGUUCCACCGCGCCGCGGCCGCGGGCACGCACGCCGGCGCCAGCGUGCGCUUCCCGUUCAACAGCUACCCCGUGACGCACCCCUACUAUUUCUUCGGCCAGGCCGCGGCGGCCGCGGCCGCGGGUUGCCACAUGCAGCUCAAGCUGGCGCCGACUGUGACCGUGGCGGCCGUGGCGCCGAGCGACUCCUCCGACUCCUCGUCGGUCGUGGAUCUGUCGCCGUCGCCGCCCGCCGCCGUGGCGGCGAAGAAGGCCUCCGCGUUCGAUCUCGACCUGAACUGCCCGCCGCCGGCCGAGGCGGAGGCCUAGUCGCCGGAGUUUAGCUGAUGACUGGCAGUAGUUUCUUCUCUUUUCUUUCUUCGCCUUUUUCCCCCGUAGAAGAAAAAUUCGCUGUAUGUUUACGCUUAGGCCCUCUUGCGAGGACAUUUUUGUAAAUAGUUUUUUUCGCCGGGGACCUAGCUUUAGCUGAUGAUAAAAGCUUGUAUUGUCACCCAAGACAGGUCCUGCCGGCGUUGUCAUGGACCGGAUUAUAUUAUGUAUUUUGAUAGUCAUGAGAAACGGCUCGGAAAAUCCCAAAAAAUUCGAACCAUUUAUUUCUCUGUUCUAUCAGAAACUGAAGUGAGAUCUACUACGAA